CAGGCGCCUCGGGAGUCGCUUCCUGUUGUCAGUGGCAGGGAGGCCGCAGCGUCCCGUCGGGGGAUUAGGGGCUGCAGCGGCCGGGAGUGCCCGGUCCCCCACCCCGCUCCCUUUGCAGCUGGAUGGCUUAAACGUCAGGCUGUUUGUUCUGAAAAGCGAGGUAUAGGAUUGGGUUCAGGCCCUGAAGAGGAGGCAGUUGGGAAGGUCGGACAAGUCUCUAAGGAGGAGAGGUUGCUGUUUACUGAUGGAUGGAGAGUUUCAGAAGUGGUGAAGCCAAGCCAUCUGUUUCUUCUUUUAAUGUAUCAUGUGAUGCCCUUGGGGAGCUGCUGCUCGAGUGGAAAUGCUCUCAGUGGUGGAGAAUGGACUGGAUCCCCGGGCUGCCAUCCCGGUCAUCAAGAAGAAGCUAGUGGGCUCCGUGAAGGCGUUGCAGAAGCAGUACGUGUCCUCGGACACGGUGGUCACUAGCGAAGACGGAGAUGCCAACAGCAUGUGCAGCGCCCUGGAGGCCGUCUUCAUCCAUGGCCUGCACGCCAAGCACAUCCGAGCCGAGGCUGGAGGCAAGAGGAAGAAAAGUGCCCACCAGAAGCCUCUGCCUCAGCCUGUCUUCUGGCCCCUCCUGAAAGCCAUCACCCACAAACACAUCAUCUCAGAGUUGGAGCACCUGAUCUUUGUCAGCACGGACGUGGGCCGCUGCCGGGCCUGGCUGCGGCUGGCCCUCAACGACGGCCUGAUGGAGUGCUACCUGAAACUGCUCCUGCAGGAGCAGGCCCGGCUGUGCGAGUACUAUCAGCCCACGGCCCUGCUCCGCGACGCCGAGGAGGGCGAGUUCCUCCUCAGCUUCCUGCAGGGACUGACAUCUCUGUCCUUCGAGCUCUCCUACAAGUCCGCCAUCCUAAACGAGUGGACGCUCACCCCUCUGGCCCUGUCCGGGCUCUGCCCGCUCUCGGAGCUCGACGCCUUCACGACCUCGGGUGCAGAACUGCAGCGGAAGGAGUCUCUGGAUUCCAUCUCCCACUCCUCGGGCUCGGAGGACAUCGAGGUCCAGCACUCGGGCCAUAAGAUCCGACGGAACAGGAAGCUCACCGCCUCCUCCCUCAGCCUGGACACGGCCAGUUCUUCCCAGCUCUCUUGCAGCCUCAACUCUGACAGCUGCCUCCUCCAAGAGAACGGCUCCAAGAGUCCAGACCGCUCCGAGGAGCCCAUGUCCUUCGACUCAGACCCAGGGACGGCCAAUGCUGACGACUCAGACCCGUCUCUGCAAGAGGUGUUGUCGGAAUUCAGCAAAGCCCAGGUAAACUCCAUGCCAACCAACGGACUAAGCCAAGAAACAGAGGUUCCCACGCUGCAGGCCUCACUGUCGCUCCACGGCCUGGACACCAGCACACCCCUGCACUGUGAUGGACCUGCAGAGCCCCUCCCCACCCAAGCAUCCCCCGGGACUCCAGAUGGUGGCCACCAGCAGGAGCCGCUUUCCCAGGCACCUGGCCCCCUGGGCCAGCUGCUGCUGGGCACUGCCCAAGCUGUCCCUUCCAGGAGCACUUCAGACCAGCAGCCUCCCUGUCCUGUGAGAGAGGUGACCAGAGCAGUCGGCCAAGGGAGGGGCCAGCAGAAGUCCCCGGAGGAUGACGGAGCCAGACUGAGCCCUGUGGUUCCCCCACCCACCAGUCCGAAAAGCAAGAGCUGGAUCUCAGAAGACGACGUCUACCGGCCUCCCCCGGGACGGCCUGCAGAGAGAGGUUCUCCAGAGUCAGGAACAGGCCUCCUCAGGCAAGGACCAAGAAAAAGCUGUUCUCUGGAGGCCUUGAACCAAGUUUGCGAGCCUUCUCCAGGAAGCGGAAGCAGGCCGGCGGCGGCGGCACAGGAGCAUAAGAACUUCAGGGUGGUGCAUCGCCGGCAAAUGGGGCUAUCCAACCCGUUCCGGGGUCUCCUGAAGCUGGGCACGGUGGAGCGGCGGGGGCCGAUGGGCAUCUGGAAGGAACUCUUCUGCGAGCUCUCCCCGCUGGAGCUGCGCCUCUACCUGGGCGGCGAGGAGCGCACCUGUGUGGAGAACCGCUCCCUGCUGCGCUGCGAGUGCGUGGGGCCGGCCCACAGCGACGGCCGCUUCGAGCUGGUCUUCUCCGGCAAGAAGCUGACCCUGCGCGCCUCGUCGCGGGAUGAAGCCGAGGACUGGCUGGACCGGGUGCGCGAGGCGCUGCAGAAGUGCCGGCCCCAGCAGGAGGAAGAGUGGGUGGACCUCCAGUACCCCGACCAGCCUGAGGAGCCCCCAGAGGCCCCCCAGGGUGGCCUCCCCUCCCACCCGGACCUGCCGUCUGAGGCCGAAACCCUCCAGGACACGCGCUACGACUGGUCGUCCUCCCAGGUCCCCGAGCCUGACGCGAUUAAGGAGUCCCUUCUGUACCUGUACACGGACAGGACCUGGACGCCCUGCAUCUUCUCCCUGUCCCUGGAGUCGCUGAAGUGCUUCCGUGUGAAAAACCGCGAGAAGAUGUUAAGCGACAGCCAUGGAGUCGAGACCAUCCGCGAUAUCCUGCCAGACGCGAGCCUCGGCGGCCCAUCCUUCUUCAAAAUCAUCACCGCCAAGGCCGUCCUGAAGCUGCAGGCUGGGAGCGCCGAGGAGGCCGCGCUGUGGAGGGACCUGGUGCGCCAGGUCCUGGCCACCUACUUGGAGACGGCAGAAGAGGCAGUGACGCUGGGCGGGAGUCUGGAUGAGCACUGUCAGGAGGUGCUGAAGUUCGCCACGCGGGAGAACGGCUUCCUGCUCCAGUACCUGGUGGCCAUCCCCACGGAGAAAGGCCUCGACUCCCAGGGCUGCUUCUGUGCAGGCUGCUCCCGCCAGAUUGGCUUCUCAUUUGUGCGACCCAAGCUCUGUGCCUUCUCCGGCCUCUAUUACUGUGACAUCUGCCAUCAAGACGAUGCCUCAGUGAUCCCGGCCAGGAUCAUCCACAACUGGGACCUCACCAAACGCCCGGUCUGCAGGCAGGCCCUGAGGUUCCUGACGCAGAUCCGGACCCAGCCCCUCAUCAACCUGCAGCUGGUGAACGCGUCGCUGUAUGAGCACGUGGAGCAGAUGCGCCUCAUCGCGAGGGCCCGGGAGCAGCUGAAGCUUCUGGGGGAUUACCUGGGCCUGUGCCGAAGCGGGGCCCUGAAGGAGUUAAGCAAGAGGCUCAACCACAGGAAUUAUCUGUUGGAGUCUCCUCACAAGUACAGCGUCGCUGACCUCCAGCAAAUCGCGGAGGGGGUGUACGAAGGAUUCCUCAAGGCCCUGAUCGAAUUCGCCUCCCAGCAUGUCUACCACUGCGACCUGUGCACCCAGCGCGGCUUCAUCUGCCAGAUCUGCCGCCACCAGGACAUCAUCUUCCCCUUUGAGUUUGACACCACAGUCAGGUGCGGCGAAUGCAAGACCGUCUUCCACCAGAGCUGCCAGGCCGUGGUGAAGAAGGGCUGCCCCCGCUGUGCCCGCCGGCGCAAGUACCAGCAGCAGAGUACUUAACCCAUCUCCUGUCCCCACCCAUCCCCGCUGGGCUGGCCAUUACCUGGGCCACACUCUCAAGGUGUCAUGAUGUCUCCCUUGUCAGGAUGACUCUCAUGUGACCACGUGCUCUGGGAUGUGACCGUGAGAGGGAGCCUCAAGAGCCCUUGUUGGCCACCCUCCACCCCCGCACCCCCCCAUCUGCUCCAGGAGGUGGGGGUACCAGCAGGUGCCCCAUCCAUUCGAGGAUGCAGUGGGGAGGGGGGCUCCGAGCUCAGUGGCCCAGCUCCCCUCACCGACACCACAUCUCCAUUAGGGCUGUGCAAACACUGUGCAAACAAGACUUGGGGAGCUUUUUCACUUCCACAUUCCUGAUUCAAAGGUCUAGUUUUUUAACGUGGGUUUUUUUCCCUUCAUGUUUCAACAGAAAAUAUUUUUUUAUUCUUGCCCCCCCCCACAAGUCACCCACAAAAUCCAGGCACCUUCACCCUGAGCAGAGGUGCAGGAACCACUCCACUCAGGCCUGGCCUGCCGGCGGGUGGUGACCAAGCAGACAGGCCACCCAGAGCAGAGCUUGUCAGCUGGCUGGUGCCUUCCUUUGCCCUCACCAGGCGCUUGCUGCCGACAGCUCCCGUGCAAUGUGCCAAACCGCCGUGGGGCCAGGCGGGGCUCAGUCCUGACGGCCCCCUUCUUCCUCUCCCUCCCCGCCCUGCUCCCCGCCCCCUCCUCACCCAAAGAAUCCAUCACUUUCUCCGUGUCCGAGCCCCUGGCCCUCCUGGGGUCUUGGUUCCGCAGGAGGAGGGGAACGACUCAGAACCAGCAUUAUCAGCACUUUGAGCCGUUCUUGGUCCAGGGAAGGGUCGUGGUCCAACCCGCCCCGUCCCCUGCCCUCCUCACUCCUGCCGCCGACAAAGCAGCUGGACAGGCCGGUGCUGCUACAGACGCGCUUCACUUCGGGAACACAGCCCCGCCUGACUGACCCCAGCCGGGACAGGGUGGGCCGGGCCCGCACUGUGCCACAGUGACCCCAUCCUUCCACGAAGAGUGUCAGCCCUGCUGCUGAGAGUGCCGGGACACGCGGGAGAAGCCACCCUUGUGGAAGGAAGCUCAGCCUCAGUUUAUGAAGCCAUGAGGUCACCAAACUUUGCUGGACUGGCCCUGGAGGGGCGCUGCCAAGAGACUGGAAAUUUUCUUAGGAGCACGAUUGCCUUUUGAAGGGGUCUUCAGGUGGGGUGAGAGCCUGGAACUGUUUUUAAAGUGAUAUUUAGACCCUUGCGGGGGUGGGGGAGGGGGUGGGCUCUGGGUGGGAUUUCUCUGUUGCCUUCCCCACCCCUCCUGGGCCCAGCAGGCCUGCCUCAGCCCUGGGUCCUCCUUUCUGCACCCAGCUUGGAAUGGGGGCCUCAGGUGGAGAUCCAAGUUCACUGUCAAGAGAUGAACCUACUCCCACCUCUCCCUUGGGGUGAUUUGGCUGCUGAGUCACCUGCCCAGCCCUGUGGAGCCGGAUGAAUUGUGCAAUAGAAUAGAGGAGGCGGUAGGCAGGUGGGGGAGGGGGCUGCCCCACAGCUGCUCUGUCCCCAUCUCGGGAGAUGGUGCACCCCUGUGCCCAGCACCCCACCGCCUCCUCAAUAGGAAGGUCGAUCCUUAUUCCCUCAUCCCCAGCCUCCCCCCACCCAGAGCCAGCAUUAACACUGCAUCGUAAACACAGCCUGAUCAGAGCCAUAACUGGCCCAGAUCCCUGAGUGGGCCUGAGGUGCGCAGUGCCCCCUGAGCCUGGUUCCUCGGGCCUGUGAAUAUAUUCUGUAUUCCAGAAGGUGCCUAGGAGGCAGCAGGAGGGAGGCCCUCGAGGAGCUCACUCUGGUCCAGAGGGGCCUGACGCACCCCACGUCCCGCCCUCCCAGAGAUAAGUAGCAUCAGACCCUGCCCCAAACCAAGAAGCUGCUGAUGCUUUCAGGUGACUUGACUUGUCCCUUCACCUCCAAUGGAAAGCUGAUGUGAACCUUGGUAGUGCCCACACUAUUUUUAAAAUUUCAUUUUAUGCAAUAAACUGUUUCUAGAGAGGGGCCCCGGCCCUGAGAAGUGCUUUGCAAUGUACCGAAGGAACUGCUGCCGUGUGGGGGUUUUGUUUUUUGUUUUUUGUUUUUUUUGGAAUGAUUUUUGCAGUAAAGACUUGAUCUUUCUAA